GCCUGGCACGAAUUGAGGCGGAGCAAUAUGACUUUAGCAGGAGUCAACACAGCUGUGCUGUCAAUAAAGUUGGGCUUUCGGGACUUCGCCCAUGAGUUGGUAGGCGUUGUUGGAGCCGAGGUGGGUCACCGCCUCGACAAGACCGAGCGGUUCUGUGCUGGCGCCAUUGAGGGCGUCAAGGCGGCAUCCCCCAAGGAGGAGGAAGCACGUCCUCCUCGCCGGGAACCGGUCAAGGUCAAAUUCCCUGAUUCCUAUAGUGGAAAAAGGGAAGAGAACUUUGACAAUUGGGAAGCUAACGUUAAGACCUAUGUGCACUUGCAACAGGUCUUCCCGGAUCAGCAGGUCUUGAUUGCGAUCCACGCGCUGAGAGAUGAGGCCGCCUGUUUUGCAAGGUCCCUAGUUCGCGCUGCCAACUGUAGUGACGAUCCCGUUGCGUACUCCUCGUUUACGUCCCUCACCGAAUUCCUGAAGUUGCUCCGCGAGCGAUUUGCUGAUGUCGCUCGUAGUGUUAAGGCCUCAGACAAGCUCCAGACCAUCCACGCUCGUAAAUGGAAGAGUGUCAGGGCGCUCAAGGGUACGAUGGAUGAAUUGGUGGCCGUCCCUGACCAUGGGAUCACAGAGGCCCAAUUGGUCAAUCUCUUCUAUCGGGCUAUGCCCGAAGCCUUUCGAGGGCAGUUCUUCGCGAAGAGCGAAGAUCCUGCCACCACUUACGAUUCCCUUAGCCGUGAGCUGGUGGCUUUUGAAGCGAAGUCUGUGUCCCUGUCUACCUUUUGGCACAAGGACUUAGACAGAGGAAAGCAAUGGAAAGGACGCACUAUCUCAGGGCAGGUAAAGACCAAGGACAGCCUUGUCCUGACCUUAGACGAGGGUGGUGUGGAUGAGAUCCCCUACGAACAAAUCGAGUGGGGGUUAGAGGAGGAGGACAGCGGUCAAGAGGAUGAUCUUGUAGAACUCUGCACUCGAGAUGAUCUCGCCAUGAAGGAAAAGGUUCUGGUUGAUCUCUGGCACGCCGAUUCGAAUUUCCACGCGAACUAUUACAAACUAACCAGAGUCCUUAACAACCCACAAAUGUUCUCCCCUGCCAGAGUGGACAUUGCGAAAACCAUCCGGCUCUUCGAGUUCCAAUUGGGGCAAGUGGAACAAGACCUGCUCGAGGUGAUCCAGUUCCGCUUGGGGCAAGUGGAACAAGUGGUGAUCCACUUCCGGUUGGGGCAAGUGGAACAAGUGGUGGAGCGACCCCUGGUUGAAGUGGAACAAGAACUGCUCGAGAUGAUCCAGUUCCGAUUGGGGCAAGUGGAACAAGAGCUGCUGGAGGUGAUCUAUUGGGGCAAGGGAACAAGUGGUGGAGUGACCCCUGGUCCAAGUGGAACAAGAGCUACUCGAGGUGAUCCAGUUCCGAUUGGGGCAAGUGGAAUAAGAGCUGCUCGAGGUGAUCUAGUUCCGAUUGGGGCAAGUGGAACAAGAGCUGCUCGAGGUGAUCCAGUUCUCAUUGGGGCAAGUGGAAGAAGUGGUAAUCCAGUUCCGAUUGGGGCAAGUGGAACAAGAGCUGCUCGAGGUGAUCCAGUUGCGAUUGGGGCAAGUGGAACAAGAGCUGCUAGAGGUGAUCCAGUUCCGAUUGGGGCAAGUGGAACAAGUGGUGAUCCAUUUCCAAUUGGGGCAAGUGGAAAGAAGUCCACGGGGGAAACUGUGAAAGGAGCGUACAAACGGCCAAUUGCAUCUCUGUUUCGCAGUAUGUCGGGGUCUCCGGCUGGAAAUGCGAAAGAAGAAUCUAGGAGGAAGGAAACCGAGGAUGGUUGGGGCCAACAUCAGAAGCGAAACAGUGCUGCCAGUAACGAGCCACUGACAGUGCUCAGACCGCCUCAGUUCAAGUCCGCUAGAAGAACAGUCAACGCGCCUGCAAGUGCGGAAGAAAAUGAUGUUGGCAGAGGAAAGACCUCAGAUAAUGUUAUGGUCCAUGCAUCUUCUACCCCUCCACCUCCUCCUCUACAACCUGCUGCUGCUGCUGUUGCUGCUGGUGAUGAUAAAGGAAGAGGAAGCAGCAAGAGCGCAUCUGCAGGUGCGGCGCAAGCGACAACACCUGCGAGCCACACUAGAGGAGGAAGCAGCAAGAGCGCAUCUGCAGGUGCGGCGCAAGCGACAACACGUGCGAGAGACACUAGUGUUCGCACUAAUGUCAAAUGUGUUGAUCAUGAAGGCAUUUCCAAAAAUGGCAGCGACGGGGACUUUGGGAGUUCUGGAUGCACUGUGGCAAUAGCAACGUUGGCGGGAAAAGGGCUGCCAUCGUCUACAGGUAUCUCAACGGUGAAAGGAGCGUACAAACGGCCAAUUGCAUCUCUGCUUGGCAGUAUGCCGGGGUCUCCGGCUGGAAAUGCGAAAGAAGAAUCUAGGAGGAAGGAAAACGAGGAUGGUUGGGGCCAACAUCAGAAGCGAAACGGUGCUGCCAGUAACGAGCCACUGACAGUGCUCCGACCGCCUCAGUUCAAGUCGGCUAGAAGAACAGUCAGCGCACCUGCAAGUGUGGAAGAAGGUGGUGUUGGCGGAGGGAAAACCUCAGAUAAUGUUAUGGUCCGUGCAUCUUCUACCCCUCCUCCUCCUCUUCCACCUGCUGCUGCUGAUGUUGCUGUUGGUGAUGAUACGGGAAGAGGAAGCAGCAAGAGCGCAUCUGCAGGUGCGGCGCAAGCGACAACACGUGCCAGAGACACUAGUGUUCGCACUAACGUCAAACGUGAUGGUGAUGAAGGCAUUUCCAAAAAUGGCAGCGACAGGGACUUUGGGGGUUCUGGAUGCACUGUGGCAAUAGCAAUGUUGUCGGGAAAAGGGCUGCCAUCGUCCACAGGUAUCUCGACGGUGAAAGUAGCGUACAAACGGCCAAUUGCAUCUCUGCUUGGCAGUAUGCCGGGGUCUCCAGCUGGAAAUGCGAAAGAAGAACCUAGGAGGAAAGAAAUAGAGGAUGGUUGGCGCCAACAUCAGAAGCGAAACGGUGCUGCCAGUAACGAGCCACUGACAGUGCUCAGACCUCCUCAGUUCAAGUCGGCUAGAAGAACAGUCAGCGCGCCUGCAAGUGCGGAAGAAGGAAGAGGAAGCAGCAAGAGCGCAUCUGCAGGUGCGGCUCAAGCGACAACACGUGCGAGAGACACUAGUGUUCGCACUGACAUCAAAUGUGUUGAUGAUGAAGGCAUUACCAAAAAUGGCAGCGACGGGGACUUUGGGGGUUCUGGAUGCACUGUGGCAAUAGCAACGUUGGCGGGAAAAGGGCUGCCAUUGUAUACAGGAAGAGGAAGCAGCAAGAACGCAUCUACAGCGGCGCAAGCGACAACACGUGCCAGAGACACUAGUGUUCGCACUAACGUCAAAUGUGUUGAUGACGAAGGCAUUUCCAAAUAUGGAAGCGACGAGGACUUUGGGGGUUCUGGAUGCACUGUGGCAAUAGCAACGUUGGCGGGAAAAGGGCUGCCGUCGUCUACAGGACGAGGAAGCAGCAAGAGCGCAUCUGCAGGUGCGGCGCAAGCGACAACACGUGCGAGAGACACUAGUGUUCGCACUAACAUCAAAUGUGUUGAUGAUGAAGGCAUUUCCAAAAAUGGCAGCGACGGGGACUUCGGGGGCUCUGGAUGCCCUGUGGCAAUAGCAACGUUGGCGGGAAAAGGGCUGCCAUUGAAUACAGGUUCCCAGCGACGCAAGCCUUUUCACACUCCGGUGUUGACAGGACGCGUCAGCAGCUCAGAGGGCGAGACGGCUGCGACAGGGUCGGGCAUGACAAGUGCUGGGAGCGGGAGACCUCAGAGAGGAAGCAGCAAGAGCGCAUAUGCAGGUGCGGCGCAAGCGACAACACGUGCGAGAGACACUAGUGUUCGGACUAACGUCAAAUGUGUUGAUGAUGAAGGCAUUUCCAAAAAUGGCAGCGAUGGGGACUUUGGGGGUUCUGGAUGCAAUGUGGCAAUAGCAACGUUGGCGGGAAAAGGACUGCAAACGUCUUCAGGUUUCCAGCGGCGCAAGCCUUUUCACACUCCGGUCUUGACUGGACGCGUCAGCAGCUCAGAGGGCGAGACGGCUGCGACAGAGUUGGGCGUGAUGAGUGCUGGGAGCGGGAGACCUCAGUAUAUCUCGACGGUGAAAGGAGCGUACAAACGGCCAAUUGCAUCUCUGCUUGGCAGUAUGCCGGGGUCUCCGGCUGAAAAUUCGAAAGAAGAAUUGAGGAGGAAGGAAACCGAGGAUGGUUGGGGCCAACAUCAGAAGCGAAACGGUGCUGCCAGUAACGAGCCACUAACAGUGCUCGGACCGCCUCAGGUUAUGUCUAGAAGAACAGUCAACGCGCCUGCAAGUGCGGAAGAAGGUGGUGUUGGCGGAGGAAAAAACUCAGAUAAUGUUAUGGUUCGUGCAUCUUCUACCCCUCCUCCUCCUCUUCCACCUGCUGCUGCUGUUGUCGCUGUUGGUGAUGAUACAGGAAACGGAAGCAGCAAGAGCGCAUCUGCAGGUGCGGCGCAAGCGACAACACGUGCGAGAGACACUAGUGUUCGCACUAACGUCAAAUGUGUUGAUGAUGAAGGCAUUUCCAAAAAUGGCAGCGACGGGGACUUUGGGGGUUCUGAAUGCAUUGUGGCAAUAGCAACGUUUGCGGGAAAAGGGCUGCCAUCAUCUAUAGGUUCCCGGCGGCGCAAGCCUUUUCACACUCCGGUGUUGACUGGACGUGUCAGCAGCUCAGAGGGCCACACGUCUGCGACAGGGUCGGGCAUGACGAGUGUUGGGAGCGGGAGAGCUCAGUGCUCAGACCGCCUCAGCUCAAGUCGGCUAGAAGAACAGUCAGAGCCUGCAAAUGCGGAAGAAGGCGGUGUUGGCGGAGGAAUAACCUCAGAUAAUGUUAUGGUCCGUGCAUCUUCUACCCCUCCUCCUCCUCCUCUUCCACCUGCUUCUGCUGCUGUUGCUGCUGGUGAUGUUUCAGGAAGAGGAAGCAGCAAGAGCGCAUCUGCAGGUGCAGCGCAAGCGACAACACGUGCGAGAGACACUAGUGUUCGCACUAACGUCAAAUGUGUUGAUGAUGAAGGCAUUUCCAAAAAUGGCAGCAACGAGGACUUUGGGGGUUCUGGAUGCACUAUGGCAAUAGCAACGUUGGUGGGAAAAGGGCUGCCAUCGUGUACAGGUGCGGCGCAAGCGACAACAUGUGCGAGAGACACUAGUGUUCGGACUAACGUCAAAUGUGUUGAUGAUGAAGGCAUUUCCAAAAAUGGCAGCGACGAGAACUUUGGGGGUUCUGGAUGCACUGUGGCAAUAGCAACGUUGGCGGGAAAAGGGUUGCCAUCGUGUACAGGUUCCCAGCGGCGCAAGCCUUUUCACACUCCGGUGUUGACUGGACGCGUCAGCAGCUCAGAGGGCGAGACGGCUGUGACAGGGUCGGGCAUGACGAGUGCUGGGAGCGGGAGACCUCAGGUAUAUCAUGGGGUUCCAGAAGUGGGAGAGGCUAAGUACUACAAGGGCAAUUAUUGGGAGAUUGUAUGGAACUCAAGAGUACGAAACCCCGGUUUCAUGGGGAACUUGUUGUACGUGGAGGUAAACUAUGUCUUCUCGGUAAGGACAGUAACAAAAUAGACUCGAGAGGUGCAGGCGGGUACGAGGAUCUGGAGGAGGGUAGCGACGUCUUGCUUCGAUGGCAUGGUUUCGA